AUGUCCGAUGAAGACGAACAGCCGUUAAACGGGACCCCCGAUCCAACCAAUCGGACCAACGCACGUCUCUCUACUCAAAGUAUCACCAACAAGGAGGAAGCCAAUUCUAUCAAGAUCUUAGUCGCCACCGAUAAUCACAUAGGUUACGCAGAGUCUGAUCCUAUCAGAGGUCAAGAUUCUAUCAACACAUUCCGGGAAAUUUUACAAUUGGCUGUUGACCAUGAAGUCGACAUGCUUUUAUUGGCUGGUGAUCUAUUUCACGAAAACCGACCUUCGAGAGCUUCCAUGUAUUCAACAACAGCAUCUCUGAGAGAGUACUGCUUGAAUGAUCGCCCGGUUCAAAUUGAACUAGUCGGAGAUGCUGGCAUCGGAAUACCGCACAGCUUCAACUUUCCUCCUGUAAACUACGAAGACAAAAACAUCAACGUUGGCUUGCCCGUGUUCUCAAUUCAUGGUAAUCACGAUGACCCACAGGGAAUGGGACCGGAAGGCGCUCUUUGUGCAUUAGAUGUUUUGUCGGCAUCUGGACUGAUCAAUUACUUUGGCCGUCAAGAGCUACCUGGGGCCGCUACACGAGAUGAAGAAGCGUCGGAGGAAGGCUUACAUAUACAGCCAGUACUAAUACAGAAAGGAAGGACACGUUUGGCGAUGUACGGAAUUGGGAACAUUCGAGACGAAAGAUUUAACUAUGAGAUGCGGAGCAAUCGGAUUCGGAUGUCGAGGCCGGCCGAGUUCAAGGAUCAGUGGUUCAACCUCAUGCUGGUCCAUCAAAAUCGCGUCGCACACGGACCAAAAAACUCGGUCCCAGAAGACGGCUUUGGCGACGACAUAGAUUUGGUAAUCUGGGGCCACGAACAUGAUUGUCUGAUUACUCCUCAAGAAGUUCCCGGGAAGGGUUACUUUAUCACUCAGCCCGGAUCUAGCGUUGCAACAAGUUUGGCCAGGGGCGAGUCUAUCAAAAAACAUGUCGGGAUACUAGAAAUUCAAGACAAGGACUUCUCUUUGCUUCCAAUACCUCUGAAAACUGUUAGACCAUUCAUCUUCGAAGACAUCGCUCUAGCUGAACACGAAGAAGAAAAAAAGCUUAAGCUUGACGAAAAGCCCAAAGUUGUUCGAUACCUCAAGUCAUUGGUAGAGGAAUUGAUCGAGCGAGCCGAAGUGGAAUGGCACAAGGAACAUGAUAAUGAUCCUGAUCCUCCUCCAAUGAUGUUACCCUUGAUAAGACUCCGAGUUGAAUAUACCCGCCCAGACGGCCAGACGGCCUACGAUGUCGGUAACCCUCAACGAUUUGGGCAAGAUUUCCUGGGCAAAGUGGCUAAUCCAAAAGACUUGGUACAAUUUCAUCGACGCAGAAAGAUAGGAAUUCGCAAACCGAAAAAUGAUAUCGACUUACCCGAGGAAGAGCCCCUUCAAGACUCUCAAGGAAACGUAUCUGAAAAGGUUCAGGUCGCAACGUUGGUACAUCAAUACUUGGAGGCUCAGAAUUUGGGUGUGCUAGCAGAAAAUGGAAUGCAAAGAGCGGUGACGUUGUUCGUCGAGAAAGAUGAUAAGGAUGCUAUCAAAGAGUUUUACCACAGCGCGCUUGAAGCGACUCAGGCCCACGUGAAGGGUUCUAAAGCUGAUAUUGGAAGUAGCCGGCAGGAUAGAAACCCUGAGAGUGAGGACGACGAGCUUCUUGAGGAGCUGACAAAAGCAAAAGAAAUCUAUGCCGACGCGUGGGAAAAAAAACAAAAAAACGAACCUGGAACACAGAAAGGCAAAGGAAAAGCUGUUCGCAAGGUAAAGCGAAACGACGACGAUUCCGAUGAAAGUGAUUUUGGGAAAAUGUCCGAUGUCCAGUACGCUGCCAAUUCUGAUGAUGAUGACGACCGCGACAAGCAAUCGGAUUCCGAUGACAGCAUGCCUGCUCCUGUCGCCCCCAAAAAGAGAGCACCAGCAAAGGCGGCACCGGUGAAAAAAGCCCCAGCAAAGAAAGCCGCACCGGCAGCAAAAGCACCCCCUAAACGAGCUGCUGCUAAAGCCACUGCGACUUCUAGUCGAAGUAAGGCUGGUGGAUCUCAAUCGCAGACUACGCUCAAUUUUUCUCAACAAGCCCCGCUGCGGGGCGCCAGUAAACGCAAUACUGCCACGCAAAGUAACACUCAAACUGUACCGGACGAUAGCGAUGAUAGUAUUGAAGUUUCCACCCAACGAAAGACUGCCAGCCGAUCUCGUCGCUAA